AUGAAUAUUUUAAAGAACAGUACAAGUCUUAGGUUACAAUCGCUUGAUCUGAGCGGUAAUCCAUGGCACUGUGACUGUGAACAACUUUCAUUCUUACCCGAGGUGGCUCGGUUCCUGAAUUUGACUGAUUUGGUGUGUGCUACACCAGAGGAAUAUGCGCUGAAGCUGAUUGUUGAAUUG